AUGAUCUCCACCAACGAAGACACUUCAAGCCCCAUCGCCGUCGUGGGGUUGGCCUGUCGUUUCCCUGGCGAUGCCUACAGCCCGUCUGAGUUUUGGGAUCUUCUCGCCAACGGCAAGAGCGCGUUCAAGCCGAUUCCGCAUGAUCGAUUAAACAUCAAUGGGCAUUACCACCCAAACCCCGAGCGACCUGACAGUUUCAAUUUCAAGGGCGCUCAUUUUCUCAACCAAAAUGUCGGGGCUUUCGAUGCCAAGUUCUUCGGUGUUGCACCAGCCGAGGCAAAUGCUAUAGAUCCCCAGCAGCGUCUUCUUCUGGAAGUGACAUAUGAAGCUAUUGAGAGUGGCGAGUUUCUCUUUUUCCUAUUUAUGCGUCUUUUUACUGACCUGCCUCCAGCUGGACAACCAAUGGAGUCGAUAAAAUGCACCAACACUUCGGUCUUCAUUGGAUCGUUUGUCAACGACUACGAGCAGAUCUCAAUGAGAGACCCCCAAAAUAUGGCACCAGAUUGUGCGAUUGGCAACGGCACUGCCAUUAUGGCCAACCGGAUCUCAUACUUCUUUGAUCUCCACGGCACAAGCCAAACUAUAGAUACGGGAUGCAGCGCCAGUCUUGUGUGUGUUCACCAAGCUGUAAACAGCCUGAGAAGCAAGCAGUCUAAUAUGGCUAUUGCGGGCGGCGCGAGUCUAAUCUUGGCUCCUAACACAAUGAUGCCGAUGACAACCCUCCCUUUCCUCAGUGAAGAUGGCAAAUGCUUUACAUUCGACUCUCGUGCCAAUGGCUACGGCCGAGGUGAGGGUGUUGGUAUUGUAGUGCUCAAACGACUCGAUGACGCGAUUAGGGACAAUAAUACUAUCCGCGCCAUCAUCCGAGGCACCGCGAGCAAUCAAGAUGGGCGUACUCCUGGCAUCACCGUACCUAACCCGGAUGCACAAGUCCGCUGCAUCAGGUCGGCCUACCUUGACGCUGAUCUCGAUCCUGCCGAAACAUCGUACGUCGAGUGCCAUGGGACAGGAACCAAAGCUGGCGACUGGCGAGAAUUGAAGGCAAUAUCCGAGGCUCUGUGCAGCAACCGUGGUGCUGGGGAGCCCCUCUUCGUUGGCUCAGCGAAGCCAAACAUUGGCCACCUAGAAGCUGCAGCUGGUAUCUCUGGCUUGAUCAGGGCUAUCUUAAUUGCGGAAAAGGGUCAAAUCCCGCCCCAGAUUAAUUUCGAGGCAUGGAACCCCGACAUACAGCACGAGGCAUGGAGAGUCGAUAUCGCGGCAGAUUUGAUGAAAUUCCCGUCCAGUGGUUUACGCCGCAUCGGUGUCAACUGUUUCGGCUUUGGCGGGACAAAUGCUCAUGGGGUGCUCGACGAUGCGAGAAGCUUCCUCAAACAGCGGGGCCUACAGGCACAUCACAAUACCGUCACCUCUUUGGGAAACUGGGAGCUUGCCUCUCAGUCCCAGCUUUACGAAUUCUUGGGCGACAUCUACACCAUACCUCAUCUCUUUGUUAUUUCAGCACAACACCGCGAGGGACUUUCCACGAUAACAUCAUCCCAUCUUUCCUAUAUCGAAAACCACGCCACAGACCCUGAUUUCUUUCGCGACUAUUCCUACACAAUGUACGCCAGACGGUCUCAUCUGCAGUACAAAUCCUUAAUUGUCGCAAAGUCGGUCGCAGAACUGACCCAAAAGAUGGCCGCCAUUGACCAAUCCAAAAUAAUCCGCUCAGACUCACGUCAACAAUUCAAGCCUGCUUUGGUCUUCUGUGGGCAAGGCGCGCAAUGGUCUCGAAUGGGCAUGGAGCUCAUGGCAUUUGACGUGUUCCGCGAGAGCAUUGAAGCUGCAGAUGAAUAUUUGAGGGGAAUUGACAGCGGUUUCGGUCUUGUUGCCAAGCUAGGCAAAUGCAAAGAGUCGGCCGAGAUCAAUUUGCCAGAGGUUGCACAGUCAGGAACAACUGCGCUGCAAAUAGCUCUGGUUGACCUCUUGCGAGCUUGCCAGAUCAAGCCCGUUGCAGUCGUCGGCCAUUCGUCUGGCGAGAUUGCCGCGGCUUAUGCUGCCGGCUUCCUAAGCCGCGAGGACGCGUGGAAGCUCGCCUUUCAUCGCGGUAAGUGUGCUGCAGCCCUAAAGCACCUCCGAGGCCGAAUGCUUGCCGUUGCUCUGUCAGAAUCCGUGGUUGGGGAGUAUAUUGGUCUGGCACGACCGAGGUCUGUGGCAGUGGCUUGUGUCAACAGCCCGCAGCUCGUUACUCUCUCGGGCGAUGAGGACUCGAUUCUUACUAUCAAGGCAGAGCUUGACAGGAAAGGGAUCUUCAACGUUCUGGUGGCUACCGAGACGGCAUACCAUUCGCACCAUAUGAAGCUCGUAUCACAGCAGUAUCAACGCUCCAUUUCAGACAUUAAGCCUUGCACCGGAUUUGGGAUCGCGAUGUAUUCAUCCGUUACAGGCGCUGAGAUUUCAGCGCUUGAGCUAGGCCCCCUAUAUUGGGCCACGAACCUGUGUGAACCGGUUCAGUUCAGUAAAGCCGUCGCCUCUAUGAUGAAGCCAUCACUGCCAGAUCGUCCUGUUCCAAACGCUUCCAUAGAGGUGAGCCCCCACCGGGUCUGGCCGAAAGCGCUCAAGCAGAUACUGGAUGAUAUUGGCUUUCGAAACUCGCCAGUGCCCUACCACUCAAUGCUUGAGCGCGGCAGGGACGCAAUUGGAUCUGUGCUGCAACUUGUUGGAGACCUCUUCCUUUGCGGGACGCGGGUAGACUUGGGUUGGUUUUUUAAAAGGUUUGUUCCUGCUCGGCCCAAGUGCCUCGUCGACCUUCCUAGGUAUCCUUGGGACCAUUCAAGGACUUAUUGGCAGGAGUCUCAUAUCUCUCGUGCCAAUCGCUUCCGACAGUACGGGCGACGAGACUUCGUUGGGUCUCUCUCAGACGACGCGGUUUUUCCAUUCGAACCACGGUGGCGGGGACACUUCCGCACGACGGAGAAUCCUUGGAUCCUCGAUCAUAAGGUGCAAAACAAGAUUCUUUAUCCGGCGGCUGGGAUGGUUGUCAUGGCCAUAGAGGCGGUGAGGCAGGUCAUCCACGACUCCAUCGAUCAGCCGUCAGAUGUCCUGGACUUUGAGGUCUCGCAGUUCCAAAUCAAAGCUCCAAUGGUGAUCUCGACUGAUGGGCGCGGACUGGAGUAUUUCUUGAACGCAAAGCGAACUGCAGAUUCGUCUCUGCGCAGAGUCACGACCUGGACCUACGAGUUUACCAUCUUCUCGAAACCGUAUGAGGAUUCCCCAUGCCUAGAAAAUGCCAGGGGACUCGUAAGUGUUCGUUUCCAUGGACGUGGUGCUGAGAAGCGUCAGAUUGCCAGGUUGCUCUGUAAGCCGCUCAAGGAGAAGUGGCGCAACCAGAGCACGCGCUUACAGAGCCCUUUCGAGCUGUACGAGAGUCUUUGGGCAGCGGGGAUGAAUUAUGGUCCAUCGUUUAGGAAUAUCAUUGGCGUUGGCCCAACCAGAGCUUCUGGCAGGGUCAAUGAAUGCUGGGCGUCAAUUGCGGUUCCGAAUACCAGAGCAAAAAUGCCCAAGCAGUUCGAAUUCGACCACAUCAUCCACCCAGCCACCCUCGACGCCAUGUUCCAGACCGUCUUCACGCUCGGAAGCGAACCAAUGGUUCCCUUUUACAUAGAAAGCGUCCGAGUAGCUGCCAAUAUCCAGCACACGGCUGGCAGCGAGUUUUUCGGCGUUACUAAAGGAUCUGAGGUUGGGCUCCGGGAAGCAUCUGCAGACAUCGACAUGUGGCAACAUGAGAAAACUGGAGAGAACGUUGCAGGAGAAACCCACGUCGUCGAGGUUACCGGGCUCCGCGUUAAGUCUAUCGUCUCUGCCACAUCUGGCGGGCUUGGUUUCUUGCCAAGCUACCGAAAUCUCUCGUCAAGUAUGGUAUGGAAAGAGGACAUACGGUACGCUGAGUUUGAGGACUUGAGAAACUGGCUUGAUAUUUUUGGCCACAAGAUUCCGGGAGCCGCUAUUCUCCAUGUUGGCGAAAGCCUGCGGGUGAUUUCCACCGUCUUUCAGGUCCUCGCCGAGAACGACGGUGUACCAUCCAGCAAUCCCCGGCUUGCAAAGUACACAAUCAGCUCCAAAACAGACAAUGCCUAUGUUGCAGCUUCAACCUCGGUGGCUUUGAAGCAUCGGCCCCUCCUAGCCUACGAGCCUUCGCUUGAGCUGUCGAAAUCGGACAUUCUCCGUCAGUUCGACCUUGUCAUAUUCGAAAACACGAGUUUACAGGACCGGGAGGAUGUUGAGAAGCUUGUCAAUCCAUCCGGCUUUCUCUUAAUCUUGUCAGAGCAGCCUACCGACAAAUCCCCUGUCCGGCAAUUUCGCUCUCUUUCCCAUCCACCAACACCGCCCCAUGGGACAACAGACCCGGUCAGCACCGCUAUGCAUGCAGCAGAUUUUGGGUUCCUGCAAUUAUCUAGCAGGCCUGGAAUGCAGCAGUUCAAGAGCGAGAACUUUGAUGAUAUCGUCAUCCUCACGCCUCAUCCAAGCCAAUCAAGCGCCAAUUGUGUCGCACAUUGUCUGCAAAAUCUCCUGUACGAGGCUGGCUUCAAGGCCCGCGUCAAAUCUACCUCGUGGUCAAACGAUAUCUCACGAGUGGAGAGCAAUUCGGUUCUCAUCUCCCUUCUAGACCUACUCACCGAAGACGGGUUCGUGUUCAACAUGGACAGCCAGCAGUUUGACCUCGUGAAAAAACUGCUUCAGACUACUAAAGGUCUGCUGUGGGUGACCUGUGGCGCGCAGAUCCAAUGCGAGCGUCCUAAGAAUUCUCCCUUUCUGGGCUGGGCUCGGACACUGCGCUCCGAAGACCCCCAAAAGCACAUUGUGUGCCUGGACCUCCAGCCUCAAGACUGCCACGAUGAAGCAAUGGCAAAGAAGAUACAGACAAUAUUUUUGGACUCGUUCAUCGCUCCCAGUGUGGCUCGUGUCCGAGAAACAGAAUACACGGAGCGUGGGGGACGGUUCUACAUCCCGCGUCUUUCACCCACCGAGGGCCUGAACUCGGCCAUAGAGCAGGGACCCAAGGGCGGCCGACAUUUCGAAAUGCGAGCUAUAAUUCCCGGUCGUGAUGCAACGAAGUUGGAGGUUGGCUCUCCCAGUAACGUAGAGAGUCUUUAUCUCUCGACUGAUACCUCGGAUACCCCUGCCCUAGAAUCUCACCAGGUCCGAAUACAGGUACAUCAGACCUUUCUCCUUCCUCACGAUUUUGAGGCGGUCCUUGGGAGAAAUACACAGACUUCGAUCGGCGUAGAUGUUGCUGGGACGAUUGUCGGGCUAGGUAACAAAGUCACCAGGUUCAACAUCGGCGAGCAGGUUGUUGGCUUUGCCAAGGGCUCUGCACAAAGUUCAGUGGUUGUGUCCGAGGAUUAUGUGACACUCCGCCCUGAACUUCACGGCUCUAACCCAGUUCGCAGCAGUCAAAACACUAGUUCUCUUAUGGCUACGAUUCUCACAGCCUAUUACUCGACCAAGGGCAUCAACGAAGGCAGCUCCGUCACUGCACUUGUACAAGCUGCCGCUGGGCCAUUUGGACAGGCGGCAAUCGCCGUUUUCCAGCACAUGGGGUUGAGAGUUAUUGCCGUGGUAGCAAACGACCAACAAGCUCAAGUAAUCAAGUCAGUGUUCGGCCUUGAGGAUACAUACAUUGUCCUGGAGGGUCCCCGUCUGUCUGAACGCAUCCGCGAGGUGUUAGAGAAGCUGGACCGGUCCCGCAGCUCCGUCGAUCUGGUUUUCGACUCUCCGGGCCGUGGCUACAUGGAGACAAACUUUUCAUGCGUGGCUAGCUUUGGUCGUGUGUUUCAAGUUGCCGCGAGGUCGGCAGACUGGGAGAACACGCGGUUUCCCCGUCACUGCUUCGAAUUUAUCCGAUUUGACCUUCACGAGUACCUGGGGAGGGGCUUGCCACUGGAAAAUGACUUCCUUGAGCUAUACGACGCAGUCAGUCAGCAGUUCCUCCCGGACAAGAUCCCCCCGUCUUGUCAUGUCUUCUCCUUUGGCUACGCGGGCGACGCUCUGAAGCAAAUGGAGAAAGAUCUCGGUGCGGGCCAGUAUAUCCUCGAGGCCAGAGCGGAAACUGCGCGAAUCGCGGUUGACCUGGUACAGCGCCGCAUGGCUCUGUAUUCUAACGGGAUAUAUGUCAUCAUUGGCGGCUUUGGCGGUCUCGGCCUCAGAAUUUCGGAGUGGCUUGUCGAGCGUGGCGCAGGACACGUCGUCUUGGUUUCUCGCACGGGAGCCCCGUAUGGCCAAGCAUCCAGACGACAGUUCGAAGAUCUGAGCUCCAAGCCAGGAGCCCAAAUAUACUCGUACCGGCUAGACAUCUGCAGUUCCAUAGAAGUGGAUACUUUUAUAACGUGGUUGCAGAGAAAGGGGCCCAAGCUUAGGGGGGUUAUCCAUGCUGCUGGUAUCUUGAAGGACGUUUCGCAUAACAGCAUGGAGUAUGAAGACUGGACCGCGGCUACAGAAGUAAAGACGACUGGAUCGUGGAACCUCCACAAAGCCCUGCCACGAGACUUGGAUUUCCUGAUAUUCCUAUCCUCGGCGGCCGGUGUCAUUGGCAACCGCGGCCAAGCCAACUACGCAGCUGGCAACGUUUUUCAGGACGCCCUUGCUCGCCACAGGACUGCGCAAGGAAUGCACACCGUCUCUCUAGAUCUCGGCCCUGUCGUUGGCGCCGGCAUGGUCGACCAAAAGAUGAUGGACCACCUCCGGAUGAUUGGCUUCUUCGGCCUCCGAGUCCAGGACAUGCUCUUUAUGCUCGAGCGAGCAAUUUCAGGCUUCGGGACUGGAGACACACCCAUCCCGCCCCAGGUAGUGAUGGGCGUCGGCACUGGGGGGCUUAUCCGGCAGAACAAGCCAGCCGAUGCGUUCUGGACCGAGACGGCUCUCUUCGCACAUCUCAACCGCGUAGAUCUGACCGCGGAGGUUCUCGAGGACGUUUUAGGGUCUCGAGGCGGCGACGAUGUGAAUCUCCAGCACGUCCUUGCCAUGGUGUCUACGGUGGAGGAGGGCGUCGCGGCCCUCAUGGGCCCACUCGUCGACGCCCUCGUGGCCGUUAUCCCGGGCAUCGACGCUGCCGACGUCAGGCCGCACAUGACGCCCACGGAGUGCCACAGCGACUCGAUGCGGGGCGCCAAAAUCGAUAACUGGCUGAAGCGGGCUACGGGUGUCUCCAUUGGACAAGGUCUCAACAGCAUGCCGCUGCGAAAGAUAUGCGAGGAGGUGAUGCGCAAGGGGGGGUUCUUGGGGGGUGUUUGA